GUGAUGAAACCCGUCCCACUGCUUUCUGAAAGAAGACAAACAUUAAGUUUCGUUUUUGGUUCCUGCUUUCAGUGAUGGCGUCUGCUGAUCUGAGAGACGAGCUGACCUGCUCAGUCUGCCUGAACAUUUAUACAGAUCCUGUAACCCUGAGAUGUGGACACAGCUUCUGCCGAGUCUGCAUUGAGAAUGUGCUGGGCACACGGGAGGUGAGAGGCUAUUCCUGUCCUGAAUGCAGAUUCAUUUUGGGGAAAAAAACUGAGCUUAAAAGAAACCAUAGACUGUCUAACAUAGCAGAGAGUUUCCGAUUAAUUGAGCCACCAAGAAAAAAGAUUGGGAUCCCCUGUACUUACUGUAUUCACUCUCCUGUACCUGCUGCUAAAACAUGUCUGCACUGUGAAGCUUGUCUGUGUGAAGCCCACCUGAGGGUCCACAGCAAGUCAGCAGAACAUGUCCUAACUGAACCCACCACUUCACUGGAGAACAGAAAAUGCUCCGUCCACAAGGAAAUCCUGAAAUAUUACUGCUUUGAGGAUGCUACCUGUAUCUGUGUGUCCUGCAGGCUGGACGGAGAUCAUAGGGGACACCAGGUGCAGACUCUGAAUGAGGCCUCUGAGAAGAAGAAGGAGAAACUGAGAAAUAUUCUGAAAAAACUAACCUCAAAGAGAAAGGAGGCUGAGAAAAGAGUCCACAGCCUGCAGGAGCUCAAGAGAGAAGUGCAAAAAAAAGCAGCCGGGGUAACAGAGGAAGUAACUGCCCUGAUUAGGAGCAUUAAAAAACAACUGGAAGCUCUAGAGAAGCAAAUUCUGAGUGAGAUCUCCAGGCACGAAAAGCAGAUCUCACUCCGAGUCUUAGAUCUAACCUGUCAGAUGGAAAUAAAGAAGGAGGAUCUGUCCAGGAAGAUGGGUCACAUUAAGGAGCUGUGUAACAUGAUGGACCCAUUAACUGUCUUACAAGGACGGAAAUCAGACAGAGUUGACUAUUGUGACACUGAGGAGGGAGAUAAUGAGGACAGAGAGAGAGAUGAUAAAAAGGUCCGUGCUGUAGGGGAUCUGGAUGUGGGUCUGAUCUCAGUGACCUUACACUCAGGAUUAGCUGGGAUUGUGACCGGAGUAAAGAGACAGAGCCAAGUACCGGCUAAUAUAUUACAGGGGGUAAACACAUCUUCAGACAUGUUACUGGAUGUAAACACGGCUUCAGACAUGUUACUGGGAAUAAACACGGCUUCAGACAUGUUACUGGAUGUAAACACGGCUGCUAAUAAUGUAACCGUAUCAGGUGAUAUGAAAACUGUAUCCUUGUCAGAAGUAAUCCAGAGUAGCCCAGAAACACCAGAGAGAUUUCAGUCUGAUCACGUUUUAAGCGCCAGGAGUUUCUCCUCAGGGCGACAUUACUGGGAAGUGGAGGGCAGUGAAUCAGGGGGAUGGACGGUAGGGAUGGCCUAUCCCAGUAUAGACAGGGAAGGAGGUCAGUCACGGAUUGGAUAUAAUAGCAAGUCUUGGGGUUUGGAGAGGUUGGGAAAUAUUCUGUAUAAUGCGAGGCAUGACAGUAAAAUAACAUUUCGGUUAUGUCACCGCCUUUCCAGCCGGAGAUUCGGGAUAUACCUGGACUACGAGGCCGGGCGGCUGUCAUUUUAUGAGCUGUGUGAACCCAUCAGACACUUACACACAUUCACUGCCACCUUCACUGAGCCGCUUCAUGCUUUAUUCUGUGUAUAUGAGAAUAAUACCUGGCUGAGGAUUUAAUGUAUUGCAUGAUUUAUUAAUCUAAUUAAAG